UGUGGCCAUUCAUGGACACCCAGUGGUACAAGAAGAAGAACGUUGUCCCCUUCUUGUUGUUCUGAAAGACUGAGACCCCAAGUUCUAUCUCCAUCAUCACACAGGAAGCUGAGAACUUCUGACUCAGUCAGGAUCUUGACCUUGAAUUCAUAAAGACUCUAAAAGCUCCAGAAACAAACGCUUCGUGGACACAAUCCCCUGAAACCAGUAGCCCACUGCCUUUAAUAGCAAAGUAAACACGGAAAACAUUUCCCUUGACCCGUGGGAGAAGCCAGGAUGGAAACUUCCACCGCCCCAAAGGACUAUGACAUGACCACAGAAUACGACUAUGGGGACACAACCCCGUGCCAGAAGGUACAGGAGAGGGCCUUUGGGGCCCAGCUGCUGCCCCCCUUGUACUCAGUGGUAUUUGUCAUUGGCCUGAUAGGCAACAUCCUAGUGGUCCUGGUCCUCAUGCAAUACAAGAGGCUCAGAAGCAUGACCAGCAUCUACCUCCUCAACCUGGCCAUGUCUGACCUGAUCUUCCUCUUCACGCUGCCCUUCUGGAUUGACUACAAGCUGAAGGAUAACUGGGUUUUUGGUGACCACAUGUGUAAGUUGCUCUCUGGGCUCUAUUUCAUGGGCUUGUACAGCGAGAUCUUCUUCAUCGUCCUGCUGACCAUCGACAGGUACCUGGCCAUUGUCCAUGCUGUGUUUGCCCUGAGGGCUCGGACCGUCACCUUUGGUAUCAUCACCAGCAUUGUCUUCUGGGUCCUGGCCAUCUUGGCUUCUGUCCCGGGCUUGUACUUUUCCAAGACCCAGUGGGAGUUCACUCACUACACCUGCAGUCUUCAUUUUCCUCCUGAAAGCCUAAGAAAGUGGAAGCAGUUCCAGGCUCUGAAACUGAACAUUGUGGGGCUGGUGUUGCCUCUGUUGGUCAUGGUCGUCUGCUACACGGGGAUUAUAAAGAUUCUGCUCAGACGACCAAAUGAGAAGAAGUCCAAAGCUGUGCGGCUGAUUUUUGUCAUCAUGAUCAUCUUCUUUCUCUUUUGGACCCCGUACAAUCUGACUGUGUUUGUUUCUGCUUUCCAAGACUCCCUGUUCACCCAUGAGUGUGAGCAGAGCAGACAGUUGGAUCUGGCCAUACAAGUGACGGAGGUGAUCGCCUACACACACUGUUGCAUCAACCCCGUGAUCUACGUCUUUGUCGGUGAAAGGUUCCGCAAGUAUCUACGGCAGUUGUUCCAUCAGCUGGUGGCCGUUCACCUGGCUAAAUGGCUCCCCAUCCUCUCCACGGAGAGGCUGGAGAGGGUCAGCUCCAUGUCCCCCUCCACUGGGGAGCAUGAACUCUCUGCUGGGUUCUGACUCAGGCCCCUGGAGGCUGACCCAGGACCCAACAAGAGUGACCUGCCUGGCAUGCCAGCUGGGGAGGAGGCAGCUUGGGUGUCCUGGCCAGAUUAUGAUGCAUGACGCAGAUGGAAUGGUAGCCACGUGGGGCUGAGGGAGCUCCAGGUGCUCUAGACCAAAUCACCUCUGGGGCUUGAGUUUUCUCUGUGAACUUCCCUUUGGUGGAAAGGAGAUGAAUAAAUGAAACAGGACAUUCCAGAAGACUGGGACAAAGGCUGACCAAGAAGGGCUUGGUCCCAAACAGGAAUUCAGAUUUGUGAACAUUAACAUUUUUAAACCAAACCACUGAGCAUCUGCCACCCUUGCCCCGUCACCAGUGAACUUGGAAAUAGUGAUUUCCACCACGGACUCCACUCUGAGCCGAGAGCCAGUCAGGAGCCGGCAGCUGCCUCCACCCACCCACCCCACUCCCACUGCAGGAUUUAGGCUCUUGGAAACCCGGAGGAACCUAGGACUCAUGAUGGAAGAACUUGACAUCUAAUGGGAAGUAGGAUUGGGGAACUUCUUUUGGCAGUGGAACUAAGAAAGCCCUUGGAUGGAAUUUUUAUAUUCACUAAAAUUGAACAAUUCACGCAGUGGGCUGGACACAGACGAAAUGUAUAAAAUGCUGUACUUCUUGAAAUAACCAGGGAGUGGAGGAAGUCAUUACUUCCAUUUAACAUCCCUUUCUUUCUGAAUAUUUUUCAGAAUCUCCCUUUUCUGUAAGUUGAGGGAUGUGGCAGUAAAUUCUGACAGCUUUAUUGCAGAAAUUAACAGGCAAAAGGAGACCGGAUUGAUUUUCUUCCUCUGGUUCUCCAUCCAGACCUUUUAGUUGUGUGGCUCAGAGUUCUGGCAGCCACCUUACACACUUCAGCAGAACAGGGACCUGGUGUGCAAGCUGAUGGGGUUUGAGGCUGGGAGGGUAACGUCUACCAGGAAGGGUGGGGGGACCCUGUCGAUGUAGGAAGUCGAGGAGACCUUAACUCAAAGAAACUUCUUAAUCACCCUAAAGGUCCUUAGCACUUCAGCUCUCACCUGAAGUGCGAUAGGACUUCCUAUCCAUUAUGUCUUCUUCCGUUUUCCCUCAGACAUAUAUUUCUUUUAAAAUAAUUUUCCCAAUAACAAAAAUUGUUUUCUAGAAAAGCUUAAAAACACAAAGGGAAAAAAAUAUCAAAAGCAUUCAUAAUCCCCCUACCCAAAGACAACCACUGUACAUUCUUUGAUGUAUUUUCUUUUAGUUUUUUUUUUCUCCUAUGCAUAUCUAUGUUCAUGAGCAAGAUGGACUUCAGCUGUAUUUACUCUUCCACUGUUGUUGUUUUUCAGUAGAAGUAUGUUGGGAACACUUUCCUAGGCAAUAAAUCAUUUCAAAGCAUUG